GAUCUUUGUAUUGCUUCACAAUUUUCUGAAUACUUAGAAAUAAAUAGAAAUUGUUCGAUCAAACAACAGACCUUAAAUAAUGAAAUAUCUUGGCCUUCAACUUUACUUUAUUUAGCUGAUAAUGACAAUGAAAAUAAAUCCUCUACUUCUUUCUUACAACAAA